AUGGCUGAAACGCACACUCCGUAUUAUUCCUUGAAGAAACUGUUAUCUUUCUUCCACCGUGUUAUGGCUGAUAAGGCCAUUAAGAAGUUUGUCAUUCGGAACAUCGUAGAGGCCGCAGCCGUCAGGGACAUUUCUGCAGCGAGUGUUUUCAACGCCUAUGUGCUUUCCAAGCUGUAUGUGAAACUGCAUUACUGCAUGAGUUGUGCUAUUCACAGCAAGUGUUUCUCGGUCAUAGUCAUCAUUCUCAUCGUGGAAAUCACUGUCGCCACAGUGGUCCUUGCCUUCUUCCCGACUCGCAGACCCAUGGCUGGGGGAGGGGCCAUGAAGGAAGCAGAAGGGAAGCCCCCACCUCCCUCCUGAGUCCCCAAGAAACCUCACCAAAUGGGCACCUUGCUGUUUUCUGUGCUCACCGCUCCCCGUUUCAUCUCUGAGGUUAGAGAAGUGGCCUUGGAGCACAAUUUUGUGACCCAGAAUUACAGAGGUUACAACGAGCCAGAUGACGAGUCCCUAGAAUGGAAUUUAGUCAUGGAGAAGGUUUGA